AUGGAACGUUUCAAGGGCAAGACCGUCGUUGUCACCGGCGGCAACAGAGGUAUCGGAUUUGCCAUUGCAGGCAGGUUCGCAGCUGAAGGGGCCAAUGUCGUGAUCGGGUCGGUCGAAGAGGCCGUCGCGGACGCAGCAGCCGAACUUUGUGCAAUGGGUGCAAGGGCGGUCGGCGUUCUUUGUGAUGUAACCGACCGCGAUGCGGUUGUCGCGAUGUAUGAUCGCGCAGAGCGUGAGUUCGGCUCAAUCGAUGUGUCUGUGCAAAACGCUGGGGUUAUCACCAUUGCCAGAAUCGAGGACAUGACCGAGGCGGAAUGGGACUUGAACCUCAACGUCAACACCAAGGGGGCAUUUUUGUGUUGCCAGGAAGCCAUCCGGCGCAUGCGCAAGACUGGCGGUGGAAGGCUGAUUAACAUGGCAUCCGGACAGGCCCGAGACGGAUUUAUUUAUACGCCUCACUAUGCGGCUUCGAAAUAUGGCGUGAUGGGCAUGACCCAAAGCCUUGCCAAGGAAGUUGCACUCGACAAUAUCACCGUCAAUGCGAUCUGCCCCGGCAUCAUCAAAUCCGACAUGUGGGACUACAAUGACCGGGUCUGGGGAAAAAUGAUGGGUGAUUUCGGUCCGGGUGAGCUGAUGGCCAGCUGGGUCCAGAACAUCCCCAUGAAACGGGCGGGAGAGGGCAAGGAUGUCGCAGGCCUCAUUGCCUUUCUGGCCAGCGAAGACGCAGACUACAUCACCGGUCAGACGAUCAAUGUGGAUGGCGGUCUGAUCAUGUCCUGA